AUGGGGACGAAGAAGCCGCAGCUCCUCCGCCUCGCCGUCGUCGCCGUCGCCGUCGCGGCCGUCCUUCUGACCGGUAACAACGACGAGCCGCAGCCUAACCUCCACCUGAUCUAUCGUCCUGUUGCGUCGCCUAAAGAUAUAUGUUCUGUUUUCUUUUCUCGAUUUGGUUUUGCUCACUCGGUUUCUCGAUCUGGCUCUCCAGCUUCGGCCAAGAAGUCCGCGGAUGUUACACAGCUCCAGAUCGGCGUCAAGUACAAGCCUGAAUCAUGUACCCUACAAGCUCACAAAGGCGACAAGAUUAAAGUGCAUUAUCAUGGGACACUCACUGAUGGAUCAGUAUUUGACUCUAGCUAUGACAGAGGUGAUCCCUUCGAAUUCACUCUUGGGAAUGGGCAGGUGAUAAAAGGUUGGGACCAAGGUUUACUAGGUAUGUGCGUCGGCGAAAAGCGGAAGCUAAGGAUACCCGCAAAGAUGGGUUACGGGGAGCGAGGCUCCCCACCAAAGAUUCCAGGUGGUGCGACUCUGGUUUUCGACACGGAGCUCAUCGCCGUGAAUGGGAGGACGUCUGCUGGCGCUGCCGCGGAGAGCGACGACAGCGAGCUUUGA